CUUUUCACGAUCUUCUUGCCCGUGCUACUUUCCCCCUCUCCAAAGUUGACGUGUUGUUUAGAGCUCAUCUUAAAAUCAAAUCAAUACCUAUAAUCUUUUACUAUCCCACCGUUACUCAGUACAGAUCAUGGCAGAUGUUCGAUCAUUACUCCGGAAUGAGCUCGCCGCCCGCAAGGGCUCAUCCCAGGCAGGGAGCAGCGCAACGAACCGUGUGACCAAAAAGCGCAAGGUAGACCCAGCAGAUGACUUGAGGCGCAAGAGGAUGAGGGCAAACGUGCCAUCUGGUCCGUCGACCGCGCAUACCGUACAACCACCCAGUGCACGAGCUAUCGAGGAGGAAGAAGAAGAGAUCGAGGGAUCAGAGCAAGACAUCGCCGGACCGCAGCCGCCAUCUGACAUCGCACUUGAGCAGCCAACUGCUCAACCCGAUGUACAGCCAUCAGAUACGUCUCUUGUAGCCGCCGAACCGCCUGCCCCGACCACUCAAACCAUCGAUGAGGAUGAAUGGGCCGCUUUCGAGCGCGAAGUUGUCGCCCCCACCCGCAUGCCGCAUAGACCGGCUGCGCUCGCCGCAGAAGCGACCAUAUCAGCAGCGCCAGUAUCUGCAGACGAGCUCGCUGCCCAGCAGCAGAAAGAGACCGAAGCGAUCAAGAAAAGCCGUGAGGCCGAGGUCGAAGGAGAAAGGGAGGAUGCAGCGCGAUUUAUGGAAGACGAAUUUGAUGAAAUGGAGCAAUUAGAAGAGCGCGUCAGACGUCUGAAGCACAAGCGUGAAGAGCUGAGGAAAUUAAGGACCAUGGAAGAUGCAGAAAUGCAGAGAAUGGACGAACCUCCUUCCGCUGCUAGCCCGUCAGGGGACCAGCAAAAUCCACCUGCAGGCGACGCAAAUGAAGAUGAAGACGAUGAAGACGACGAUGAUGAUUAUGACGAUGACUGGGACAAUUGGAGAUUCAAAUGAAUUUAACGCGGCUAAGGGUCGGGUGUGGGAAAUACAGGCGUCAUUUCAUACGAGGGAGGUCCCGGACUUUUCUUACUUACAGUGAUACCCAAUAAGCUAUGUGAAAUCACAGGCCAUUGCUCUUAAUUUUCUUAAUGGGCCACAUUACACUUUUUAUCGGCGUGGGCGAUAUCCCGUGUUUCAUGAUGGGGCAGCGACAUAUUGUACUCUUAACAUACUAUCUACGAUGAAACUCCUAUAUGCGACAGAAUGUAUACUGGAAC